ACGCCACCUUAGCGUUUCUGCAGCUGUAGGAAAAUAUCGAACUAAAAUAAUAAGUUGUGGAAACAUGGAACACACAAAGCAUGCGUGCAUGCUGCCUAAACCUGCGGGUUAUGGCGACGAAGUACACCCAACGGCACACUGGUGGGAACAAAUCAGAAUCCGUAUGCGUAACACGCUGUUGCCUUGCGACUGGCACUACGGCACCCUCGUGUUCCUGAGAAGCCGCAAGGCCCUCGAGAUGGAGCGGCAGCGACAGAUCGCCUCAGGGUAUUGGUACAUCUGGCACCCGUACAGUCCGGCUAAAUUCUACUUCGAGUGUUUUCUGUGGGUGGUCAACGUUUUCACCGAGUUUUAUGUGCCGUUGGAGGUAUUUGCUGACUGUAAGAACUCAAUCACUUUGUUUAUUUUUAGGGUUCCGUGCCUCGAAAAGAACAAACGGAACCCUAAUAGGAUAACUUUGUUGGCCGUCAAGAGUCUUGGUCUUGACUCAAGACCCUUUUUCUCAGGAACGCGUGAAGGUAUCAAGCUGGAAGUUAUAUCAAACUAG